CUCCGAGAAGAGAGAGAGAGGGGGGCUGGUUGUGGGGCCGGUUUUCAUAUUCUUCGGUGGCGUGAGUCACUUUAAAAACGCCCGUCUGCUCGACAGUCCGCUCCGGCGUCUCCUAUCAACGCUCCCGGUGUCCUCCUCCUGUGACUCUCUCCCAGUCUCCUUCCUUCAGUUCAUCAAGAUGUUUCUUGCUAAAAGGCUGAUUGGUGGCCUCAUAGAUGUCGUGGGGAACAUUGACCCCAACCAGUUCCUGCCCUCAGAUCCGCCGCCCCCCCGCCGGCCCAUGGCGUACGCCGAGCAGAAUGAGAGUGAUGAGGAGCGCCAGUUCAGGAAGGUCUUCCAGCAGCUCGCCGGAGAUGACAUGGAGGUGAGCCCUAACGAGCUGAUGAACAUACUCAACAAGAUCAUCUCCAGACAUGGAGAUCUCAAGACGGAUGGCUUCAGCAUCGAGUCCUGCAGGAGCAUGGUGGCUGUGAUGGAUAGCGAUUCUUCAGGCAAACUGGGCUUCCAUGAGUUCAAGCACCUGUGGAACAACAUCAAGAAGUGGCAGGCAAUCUACAAGCAGUAUGAUGCUGACAGAUCCGGUCUCAUCGGUGCUAAUGAGCUUCCCGCGGCUUUCAAAGCCGCAGGCUUCCCUCUCAACGACCAGCUCUUCCAGAUGAUCACCCGCCGCUACAGCGACGACAACGGGAACAUGGACUUCGACAACUACAUCGGCUGUCUGGUGCGGCUGGACGCCAUGUGCCGUGCAUUCAAAACCCUGGACAAGGAUGAUAAUGGAAUCAUUAAAGUCAAUAUUCAGGAGUGGCUGCAGCUGACAAUGUAUUCUUGAACAGCGAUGCAGAUACAGUGCCUGCACAGAAAGAAGCCAUAGAACCAACCCACCCUCUGUGUAACUGCCCUGUGCCACAUUACAACCUGCAAUGUGCUUAACACCAGCUCCUGGCCCUCUCACCUGUACUGUGCAUGUAUACUCAUACCUAGUGGCAGAUGUAGUUUAAAACCAUUAAAGCUUUUUUUUUCUUAUUUUAACUGGCUUAUUUGGAGGAGGUCCAGAAACAUUAGAGACGUUGUGUUUUGUAAAUGAUGACAUUGUUUUGAAAAUAGAUUUAGUGGAGGGUUUCCAGUUUUUUUUUUUACUUAAAGCUUUAUGAGCUCUUUACAGCAGGGGGUGUCGAACUCCUUCUUGGAAGGCCCAGUGCUUUGUUCUAACCAAACUCUGUGACGUAGUGGAUUCAGGUGUGUAAUUAGACCAUUUCCAACAUGGCCCCAGAGUGUCUACAAAGUUUUAUAGGUAAUUGAGCUUUGAAUUGAGUGAACGUUUUAUCAACUGUAAAAGACCUUAAACAUCCUAUACUGUACGUGUUAAGUAAAAAAUAAUUAAGGUGUUUGAUUGAUAACUUAGGUUGGAACAAAACCCCAAAGACACUAGGCCCUCCAGGACCUGAGUCUGACACCCCUGUACACUCCUGCUGUCCAGACAUGCCUGUGUGUCCUGUCUCAUUCCUGUGCUGUUCGCUACAGAGAGUACCUCCUGAAAUGGCUUUUGUUCUGAUCUGGGCAGUUGCAGUGCUCAGUUCUAGCAGUAGGUGGCCACCUUGCACAAGAGCAGCAACUGUUCUGGAUUUCAGCUGCUUGAGCAUUGGCUGUUCUUCUAACUCCGUCCAGUAGAGAGAGAAGUUUUGUAAAAUACCUUUUUUUUUCCAAUUAUUAUUUUACAUUAAGUGUAAGAGGAGUCUCAGUUAUUAAAAAAGGAUGAUUAUCA